UAAUUGCCAAGAAAUGUCCUUGCAUCAGUCCCCUUGACCAAAUUGAUGAAGGAAAUUUUCAUGAAACUUCUAUGUGGAUUCUAGGAAUACCUAUUCACUAUUCCUUAAAAAACUCGAGGAGAUGGCAACACCAAGAGAACUAAUCAUCAAUUCUCAUCUUUUUUGGGCUUGAUUUUGGAGGGAUCAGCCUCUCGUGAUCAACAUGGCUUGAUCUCCACAAGAUUAUCCCUUUGACACUUCAAGUACUACCAACAUUGAUUAAAUCAGACUAGUGAAAUGUCAAAAGAAAAGGACUCAGCUGACAAUCAAGUGGAUACAUUUUCUGAGCCAGUCAUGUUGGAGAGAUUUCAUACACUUAUGGAGAUUGACAAUCUGCAUCUUGAACCAGAUUGGGAUCCGAUUGCUGAACUUGAUAGCAUCUUAUCUGAUAGUUAUAAUAUGUCUUCCAUGUCCACUCACUCAGCAACUGUUUCAGAAAUUGAAGUCCAUGGUCCAAAUGUGGCAGCUAUCCUUGAAAAAUUGGAGACCCUUUUGGAGACCUCCCUUGAAAUUCUCUCUUCUGAUGAUGAAGUCAAGCAACAAUUCCAUCAUGUUUUGGAGCAACUUAGCCAAUUUAAAGAUCAAGUCCCUGUCAGGCUUCAUGCUGUGAUUUACAAGUUAAAAAGUUUUAUUGAAGAUGUUGAUAUCAGAUAUGUGACUGCCCAAAAAACUAUCCAAGAUUAUGAUCAGCUGCUCGAGUCAAGGUCUCUUCUAUCAAAGCAAUUGGAAAGUGCCAAAGCUCAACAGGACCAAAUUAAUUUGAAAGUCUCAGAAGGUAAGACACAAUUUGAAAAGAUCAAUUCUGAGAUUGAUGAACUAGAGCACAAGUUAUGUGCUUUGGUUGUGACUAGAGACAAGCUAAAGAGGGCCUUGGACUCUUGUGAUGCUGAAAAUAACAAGCUAAAGACUCAGGUUGCAAAAUGGGUGCCAGAAUGCAAGAGUAUCAUCACAGCUUUGAAGGAGUCUGAGACUUCUUACAAAGUGGCCCUAACCGAUAAGAGGAAAACCGAAGAUGAAUGGGCUGAUCUGAAGAAGACCUUUGUAGCUAAUAAGAUUUGAAUCAUCUCAAUUUAUGCAUAUCUUGACAUUAGGUCUUAGCCAUAUGCUCUUGUUUCACCAUUUUCAUUAUUUUGUCACCUUUCUAGGCUGACAAUGAAAAUUUGGUUUCUCUGAUGUUGCAUUGCAAUUUUCCUUGCUAUCUGUCAAUCUGUUUAAGUUCACAUCAAAUUAUUUAUUUUGCCAAUUCACUUUCA